UAAAUGCAAUGCGUGUAUACACGGUGAUUGCAUGACCAUUCAUUUCGCCAAUGAACUCAAGUGAAUGUGCCACGAAACAAUCCUCCAACAGCAACGAGUGCAUGUGUGGUAGUCCACAUUGUUGGAUUACCUAUCUAAGUAAACUUGAUAAAAAAGACUUGCCUAAUAUCAGAAUAUCACGCUGUAAUCGUUGCGAACCAUGCAUUGCAAAAUAUAACGUGAUACUACAUGGAGACUUACCUAAAAAGGAAUUGAACGGGAAAGUUGAAUACGAUAAAAAGGUUUAUAUAAACAAGGAUAAAUUGGAAAAGACUGCACUAAAACACAAUUUGAGUAGUUCCGAAGAAAGUAGUGCUAGGAUAUGCGAUUACAUUCAAGAAAAAGAAAUUGACGCUGAAAAAGUUGAGCAGCCGCCGUGUAACGUGGAAACAACGGAACAUAUCGACAAGCCUGAUCGAAUUUAUCAACCUUUUGCCACAGAAAUACCAACGAGUCAAGAUAAAACUGUAAUACCAAAGACUGAAACCGUAGUUAACAAAGAUGCAGAAAGGGUAAAGGACACCAGUGUCAACCUAGAUAACAUUGAAAUAUCAAAAGAAAGAUCCUCAUUCACAGAAACAACAAUACCAGAUAGUCCUAAAACUAUUGAGAUUGUUUUAAAACCUUUCAUUACAUCCUUUGUUGAUAUAGAUACUGGCGAUAUAACCGUAAAGGCUACCGAAGAUAAAAGUAUGAUGACAUCGGUAAAAGCAAACGACAGGACCUCCGAAAGUCAAGGCGGAAUGGAAUCGUCAUGUGGAAUACAAGACAAUGUAAAGGUACAACCCAAAAUGACAAUCAAGACCAAAAUUAUGGGACUCUGCGCAAGUCAAAGGCCUUCUACUCCCAGAUAUACCAAUGAUGCUCCUGCAUCAAAUGGUAACAGUAAAAUGGGUCGUUGUAACUACGAAGUUAAUAUAUCUACCAGAAGUCCUGGAGGGCGUACAAAAACAACAGAAAAUAGUUCAUCUAAAAAUGGUGGAGCUACCACAGGACCGCUACGUAAAUUCCCUAGUAACUCAUCACAUGCAAAGUGUAAACAGCAGGUUAUAAAUAGCAUAAGUAGCCAUUCAGUGGGUACAGUCCUAACUAAAUCUAGAGAAGAUGAAUAUCGAAAUGGUCGCGCAACCGUACCACGCAGGGCUAGUGGAGUUAAAUCUAACAGAACAGGAACUACCGAUGAACGCCCUCCAUGGAACCGACUCAGAUCUUCAGAUAGUCUAGAAAUUGGUAAAGACGCAUUGGUUCCCGUUAACCCCGGGGUAUUGCGUCGACUUAGGAGUUCUAAAGGCAAAUCUAAAACGAUCACGAAACAACGCAGCAUAAGCAUCCAACCAUGCGUCACCGAACGAGCAUCUGAUCUAAAUGAUUUGUCGGAUAUGGAAUCAAAGUCAAGAAAAAAGAAAACGAAGGGAUUCAAUAUAGGAGCACUUGGUAGUUCCGCAAUGGGUAUAGAAGCUGAUAAAGCUAUUUACUGCACCUUCCGCGGAGUUAUGUUACCACCCUCUCGUUCCAGGAAACAUCAAACCAAUCGCCGUGUUAUUACAGCUGUUGAUAAUAGCAACAACCGGCCUUGUGAAGGCUGUUCAACAGGUUAUUACCAACUGGAUUACACUGAGCCUGAUAGCGAUGAAGAAUUAUACAUUCCCGGAUUACAUCAGAAUAGAUGUUAUGGAAAUUCUAAUGAUACACCUGUUGCCACUAGACGUAUUGGGUUAGGUAUUUGCAAAGAAUGUGAAUGCCCAUUAGACACAAAUGAGUUGCCAAUACAAACAGUACGCUGUUCCGCGGAAGAGGGUAAUGCGUGCGAGUGUGGUAUCAGUAACGAUGUCAAACAAAUAACACAUUAUGAGCCGGAUCCAUGGGAUUGUUUAAAUACGGCACCAGUACAUGUAUGUGAACACUGCUCUGGCCUUCCAGACGGUAGCAUAUGCCCUGGAACCUCAACAUACAACCAAUGGCCUUCUUCUACACCAUUUCCAAACUACAAUGCUGUAUACAAUAUGCCAGAACGCCCUUUCAUCAUCUAUAGAUAGAAGAAGUUGAUUAAGCAUAAUGCUUCGGUC